ACUUUGACCACAAUCGACCUCUCCGAAUACAAAAGGCGAUAGCACCCGAUACUUCCGGGGAAGAGGACAAAGAACAACAAAGGAACAUGCCAGUUGAUCAAAGUUGACACAGCGCGACCCUGAAGGUCUUUGCUUUUUCUCUCUCUCUCCACACAUAAACCACCGUGGCCCAAAGACGCGUCGUCCCAAUCAUUGACAAUGUCCCCCUUCCCGGUAUCAAUCUGGCAGAGCCCCGCAGCCAAGUGGCACCUCAUUCUUCCAACUCCUCAUGUUGCGGUAAGUCCCAAUGGCUCAAUCCUCAAACAUCACGCGUCCAACAUACAUUCCAGACCGCCGUCCCACCCCCAAACGACUUCUCCUCGCUCCAAACCAAGUUUUACAUCACUCCCAACAAAUCAUGGUCGCCCGAAAGGGACCUCUAUAACGACGCGUUCAACGAGGAAGCCUAUCGCACAGCCCUACAAUGGAACGCGGAUGUUCCCCCUCGAGAAGAGCGUAGCCAACGCCAGCUGGACUGGGACCGGCACGCGGAAAAUAGGAUAGUGUUGCUCACGAGCGGGGAUAGUGAUCGGGACAGCGACAGCGCGUCGACUAUAGACACGGACAGCGAUAGCGACGAGCGGGAGACAGACAGCACUAAGCCUAGUGAUUUCACCACGGAGAGUGAUACCGAC